AUGGCAACUACACAAGAAGAGCAGUAUUCUCUAUACGCUUUCUCUGGACUCCCAACGCACACAUCAACCUAUCAAGCCGUCCAAUACCCGUUGCAGCAACCUAACAGCAACUUCAACUCGUACAGCCUCGAGCAGAGUACGGUUACUGAGGCACCUUCCAACUACAUCUUGGAAUCCCAGAACUCCUCGAAAUACACAAAACACAGUGUCCAGCUUUCGACACCUCUUUAUUCGCCUACAAAUACCGCCACUAACUAUUUCGAUCUUCGACCCAAUCGUUCGGUCAAAUCUGAAUCGGCUGCUUCGAUGCUUUCCUCGUCUAGAGGAUCUCCACUCAUGGGUAUCGAGUCUUCCUCGAGCUGGACUCCGGUCCAUGGAGUCGGAACCAGCGUGUUUCACCAAAAUCAAUACGACCAUCAGAUGCUCUUAAACGAUACAUUCAACUAUGCUGCUCUCUCACUACCCGAGAAGCCAGGAUGCGUUGCCUCUCUCCCCCACACCACCAACAACACAGCAGAUGGAGAUACCCUGGAGAGACAUUCUUUGAGCAGCGCUUCGAACUUCGCCGGGCCACCCGUCUUUGAUGAUGACGACGAGGAUGACGAUGAAGAGGAGCGUUACAUCAAAGAUGAGACAAGCUCUCCUGUCCUUGCCAAUAGCAACAACAGAGAUGCGGCCCGCCAGGGGAUGACUUAUUCCAAAGGCGGUGUCUCCAUCCACUCUGGAACAAAGAACAAUAAACGACGCAAAGAUUACCCUCCCUCUUGGAAUGCACCUCCAGAAAAGAUGAAGAUGAAGAAACGAGUUCUUUGUGUGUUUGAUGGGCCGCGGAGACUCUGGAAAGACGACUUGAUGCUCGGCAUCGACAAUCAAGUGCGAGAGCCUCUAUCUGGUAAGAACUGGGUCACCAGCCUAGACGUCCAGACUCUUCGAAGGGCUGAGGGUAUUCUUGAAGCCACAGACGAAGAGAAGGGCUCGUGGUUGGACGAGCAAGGCAAUCCUUUCCUUCUCGCCACGGCUGUUUGA